AUGAAGCCGCAUGAGCAGGGCUUUUCUCCAUACUGCCUCUCCAUCCUGGACAAAUUCCAUUACGCCAUUUCCAACUUGUAUUUUGCGAUGGAAUGUGUCAUGCUCGCCGCUCCACUUCUCCGCUACCCCGGAUCUCCAAUUCCUGUUCGGUGCGAUCGCAACUCGCCAACAUGCCACAACUGCGAUCGCCUUGGAGUAAAGUGCCCCGGUUAUAGUGACAUACCAGUGCUAUCGCAAAAGGAUGGAUCGCGGCAGCGUAUUCAGGACUCGGUGGACACCAUCUACCGGGCUUCGGGCGUCGAGAAGCGAAAGGUCGGAUCCUGCGACGAAUGCCGCCGCACAAAGAGUCGUUGCUCCCGCUCACGGCCCGUUUGCAGGCGGUGCAUGAACAAGGGCUUUACGUGCAAAUACAACCCUAAAUACGAUGCCGGCACUGGCCAAUCGGGAACACCCUCGAUGAUGAUAGGGCAAGACCAAGUGUCGACGACGACAGCUUCGUCUAAUCGCAGCGGCAGCGUUUCCACACCUGGGAGUCAAACUAAAGGGACUUCUGUUUCUCUAUCGGUGGGAAUUCCACAUGAUCUGAAAUGGCUGUUCGCGGAUACUCUACCGCAGGAUAGGCUUCGCCUACGAUCACUGGCCGAUAAGUUCUUUGAUCGGAUAUCGAGUCUACGUUGCCUAGGAUUCAUUCACAAGCCGACCUUCUACCAGGCACUGGACAGAGGCACCCUCAACGAGGACUUUGGAGAGGCCGUGAUCUACAUAGUUGCUGCGCUUGGUGCAAGAAUGUACCUGUUAGAUGAUGCUACCGAGCUCAAUGCAUCUUACGGCAUCCCCGGGGCAGCUUGGGCUGGACGAGCUAGAGACCUGGCCAUGACAGAGAUAGCGAACCCUUCCCUUUCGACAUUGAUGGCAAUGGUUCUGAUCUGCGAGCAUUCCAUCUCCAUGGAUCAGCAUGCUCUCGCGUUUGUGGUCUUUGGAUGCUGCGUGCGUAUCAUGAGGCUGCUCAGUCUCGAUUCUCUCAAGAAGGUGUCAGACGCACCAGGACUCGCCCAGACGACUCAACUGGAGACCGAGAGAAGGCUCUUGUGGUCAUGUUACAUCCUGGACAGCUUCCUUGGUGGUGGAGUAGAUGGGAACCUUUAUUGGAGAGACGAUUUCCCAUGCGUGCCGCUGCCUUGCUCAGAUGCCAACUUUAUCGCCCAGGAGCAGUAUAUCAGCGACAUCAACGCGCCGAGGCUGAGCACAUUCGAGAUCUUCCCGGAUCGAAGCUACCUUAAUCUUCGGUCUCACACGAUAUAUCUUGUACAGCUUCGGACGCGGGUAUUGAGACUUAUUCGAAGCAACAGCCAAGAGGCCAACAUCUGGGAUCCUGGCUCCGCCUUUCUCGACAUCAUUCAACGCCUGGAAAUGUGGUACGCCGGCUUACCCGAACAGCUGGUGAUAUCCGACCUCAACGCAUACGUCCACAAAGAACUUAGCAUCAUCGGCGCCGUCUUUAUGCUUCAUUUCCUCUACCACUCAAUUGCCUGUGAUCUCCUCCGAGUGUCACUACCCGGAUACGUCUUUCCGCUAUCCGCCGCCUUUCAUUCCGCCCCUCAUGAAUUUCGCAGGCAAUGCCAGGAGCGGUGUCGCUUUCACGCAGACGAAGUAUCGCGGCUUGUUCGCGUUGGGUUCGGCUACGGCAUUCGCGUUUUCGAUGAUUUACACAGCUUGAUGGCAACAUUCGAGUCGACCAAGAUCCAGAUCAUUCACACUGCUACGGCCACAUCAAACGCCACUGAUGUGAGAGAGCAAGCGAGCUACAAUAUCCGGUUAAACAUGAGGGCACUGGAUAUCCUUCACCUUCAGAAGGACAAGCCUAAUCCUUACCACAAAGCCUUGAUACCGUUGCUGGAGAAGUUCGACUUCAACAACGUUGUAUCCGAGUGGCAAGCCUAUCCAAGCCCAAUAUCCAUGAACACAGAACAGGCCGAAGUGACUGGCCCAGAAGACACCGGCUUCCUCAGCAGUCUUGCCCCAUUCCGCCUCGCCAAAGAAGAAAUCCGUGCCCAAAGAAGACAGAGAAGGGGCUCAUCACCAGCCGCAAGAAACGACCUACCCGACUCGCCCGCAACAGUCACUGCCCGCCCGCCGCCCAUCGUCUCGAUGCCCCAGAAGGGCACAGCCCUCGGCGGCGACGGUGGCGGCAUUGGAAGCGGCGAUGUUUUGGACGGUGUCGCGUUCUCUCUAGACCGUAUGCAGCUAGCAUCUGCGAGCGCUUCUCAUCCUACGCCUCCUAGCGUCAACGACCAGGAUGCAUCGACGAUUCAGGGGGGAGUCCCGAAGGAGAUGGUGGACUUGUCGGAUUUGGCGGAGGACUACAUCCGGAUGGCAGGCGAGAUGUCCAACUACAUCUCCUGGGACAUUUCGGAGCCGCCUGCGUGGUUGGAUUUUGACAUGAGUUCGACUGAUUUAUGA